AUGCUGAAUAUUUCUUCAAUGAAUUUAUCAUUGAAAUUAAAAAAUCAAAAAAUUCUACAUAUGAAGAUAUAAAACUGUUAAGGUUUUUAGAAUUUUGUAAAGAAAAGGUAGCUCUCGAUGUUAACGACCGAAAAAUUUUACAUAAAAAAUAUUUGGAACGUUUAGAUCUAAUGAUUAACG